AUGAUGCACUGCAUCUGGCUGCUGGCCAUUUCAUUGGCUGUGGUCAACAGUCGCUCCAUACACGUGCCAAGUGGAUAUGAUCAUCAUCAUGGAAUGCCGCCUCAUCAUUUGCUGCCCAAUGCCUAUUAUCCUCAGCCCUAUUCCUAUCCAGCACCAGCACCCUAUGGCUACCAUGGCUACCAGACACGCCCACUCAUCUACAGCCCACCUGGCAGCUACUUUGAUAACUCCUACAGCCUGAGGAGGCCUUUGCCAGGUGGUGGCAAUCCCGUAGCCGUCGAUUAUAAUAAUCGCUGUUCCCGGAAUUAUUUGGGCAUCAAACCGCAUCCGGAUCAGCAGCAAUAUUAUUAUGUGUGUCGUCCCAACUGCGUGAUCUUCAGCAAAUGUCCAAAUCUGGAGAAAUUCAACUCGAGCAGUGGAAAGUGUGUGCAGCGAGUACGUCCCGAUUAUCCAGUUUCCUGUGAGAAGGAAGGAAGUUUUGCAUAUGCCAACGAUUGCAAAGUUUUCUACACUUGCGAUCAUAGAAUGAUUCCGAUAUGGCGCGCAUGUCCCACGGGCACAAUUUACUCAUCCAGCAGCGGAAAAUGCAUCCCUGGCGAUGCGUGUCCCUCGACGGAAAUUGCCCACAACGGCAGCAACAUUCCGGAAAACUGUGAGCACAAGUUUCCGGAGUGCACAGAGGAGGGAACUUUCCGAUCUCCCACAGACUGCGCCUUAUACUACACCUGCAAACUGCAGUCAAAUGGAAACUAUUUGCAGACACGCUUCAAGUGUCCUGUCAACCACAGCUUCGAUGUGCAACUUAAUAUUUGUCAGCCAGUGCGUGAAGUGAAUUUCCAGAAUUAUGUGGGAAUUGCAGAUGUUGCCUAUGCACCCAUGACACCUUACUAUCCGCCGUAUUUGCCACAACACGGUCAUCCGCAGAUGGGUUUUGAGGAUGAAAACGUCGGAGUGCCAGAGGAAAAGGGGGAAUCCCAAGCGGAGUUGUUUAAAAAUGCCGAUGUUGACAACGCUUCUUAUAACUAUGGAUAUGGCUAUGAUAAACCCGAAUCCUUCAGUCAAGUUAAGGAAAACCCAGCGCCAGAUGCCCUUGUUAAAGUGGAACCAUCGAAACCCACUUCAGAGGUGCUAAGUCUUAAAUCUGGGCCUAAAAGCAGAAUUGUUAUACUGCCACCCACAACCACAACAACCACCCCCUACCACUGUGAUCCAUCAGCAUCUACAACAACAACUGCUGAGCCAACAACAACAACAUCCACUACGACAACCACUGUUAAGCCAACAACAACAUCCACUACUACCAACAACUCAACAUCCACAACGACAACAACAACACCCACCAAGUCGACAACAAAACUGACAACAGCAGAAAAUACAAUUCGCACCACACGGCAAUUGACCACAAAAACGAUGACUCAAAAGCCAACAACAACAACGACAGUAACAACAUCUCAAAAGCCAGUAACAACAUCCACAACUAAAGCUUCGACAACAAAAGCAACCACUACUCCACCAACAAGCACAACAACAACUCAGAAACCAACAACAACAUCCACAACUAAAUCUCCGACAACCACAACAACAGCUAAGCCGACAACAACAUCCACUUCUACAACAGCUGUCAAGCCAACAACAACAACAAACCAACAACAACAUCCACAACUAACAACAUCCACAACUCAACCUUCCACUACAACAACAACUCCUAAGCCAACAACAACAUCCACUACUACCACAACUGCCAAGGCAACAACAACAACUACAACAUCCCAAAAGCCAGUAACAACAACAACUACUAAACCUUCGACAACAACAACCACAACUACAACUUCCAAACCAACAGCAACAUCCACAACUCAACCUUCGACUACAACAACAACUCCUAAGCCAACAACAACAUCCACUACUACCACAACUGUCAAGGCAACAACAACAAUAACAACAUCAACACCCCAAAAGCCAGUAACAACAACCACUACUAAGGCCUCGACAACAACUCCAAAACCAGUAACACCAUCCACAACUACAACUUUAACAACACAGCCUACUCCGAAACCAACAACAACAUCCACUACUACAACCUCCCAAAAGCCAGUAACAACAACCACAACUGUAAAGCCAAUAACAACACCACCAACAACAGCAACUACCACAACUCCUAAGCCAACAACAACAUCCACAUCCAAAGCUUCAACAACGACAACAACACCCGCUACAAGUACAACCACACUGGGUACCUCCAAGUCGACAACAAAAUUGACAACAGCUGAAAAUACAAUUCGUACCACACGGCAAUUGACAACGAAAGCGAUAACUGAAAGGCCAACAACAACAUUCUCAACUACCGCUUCAACAACAACAACAACAACCACAGCCACAACUCCAAAAUCAUCAACAACAUUCACAUCUAAAGCACCGACCACGACAACAACCACAACUACGACAACUCACAGUCCAAUAUCCACUAUCAGCACAACGACUACAGCAACUGCUAAGCCAACAACACCAUCUAUAACAACACCCACAACGACAACACCUAAGCCAACAGCAACAUCUUCAACUGAAUCAUCAACAACUACAACCUCCCAGCCAGUCACAGCACCUACGACAACAACAACUACUUCUCAACCAACAACAACAUCUACAACAACACCCACAACGACAACUCCUAAACCAACAGCAACAUCUUCAACUGAAUCAUCAACAACUACAACCUCCCAGCCAGUCACAGCACCUACGACAACAACAACUACUUCUCAACCAACAACAACAUCUACAACAACAUCCACAACGACAACUCCUAAGCCAACAACAACAUCUACAACUGAAUCAUCAACAACUACAACUCCCAAGUCAACCUCAGCACCUACGACAACAACAACAACUUCUCAACCAACAACACCAUCUACAACAACAUCCACAACGACAACUCCUAAGCCAACAACAACAUCUGUAACUGAAUCAUCAACGACAACAACUACAAAGCCAACCACAGCAUCUACGACAACAACAACAACUUCUAAACCAACAACAACAUCCACAACGACAACUCUCAAACCAACAGCUACAACAACAACAUCCCCUACUUCUCUUAAACCAACAACACCCACUGCAACAACAACAUCCCCUACUUCUCCUAAAUCAACAACAUCCACAACAACAACAGCCCGCGACUCUAGCUCAACAACAGGAGGCACCACAGCACCGACAACAGUUUCAAGUACAAUUCGCACCACAAGGCAAUCGACAACGAUAACAACCACACCACCGUCAGUGUCACCGAUAACAACAACAACCACAACAACAUCGACAACGACAACUCCUGUCCAGAACACCACAUUAACAACGACAACAGAGUUGCCACCCUGUCCCACCUCAGCUGAUGACACCACGGAAAAGGUGCCCGAACUGAUACUCAAGGUCUUUGAGCCCAUCGAUGUUAAGGUCGUCUUUUGUCCAAGAUCCUGCGAUGAAGAUCACGAUCAUAAAUAUGACCCAGCUGAUAAUUAUAAGCCAUCGAAUUGUACGAGCGGCUGUGAUCUGCCCAAACAUCCAACGCACCACAAAGUGGAGGUGGAUUGGAAGCCCGUUAAACUAAGCGACACCGCUAGCUUCCAGACGAUAACAUAGGGUAUUUUCCGACAUCUCAAGAAGGUUCUUAACAUGGCUAUACAACAUUAAUUACACAUAACAUUAAUAAUCUAAUCUAGUUUGAAUUAUAAUCAAAAUGUAUUUGUGUACACUUUAAUAAACAUUAUAAAUAAA